CAAGAAGAAAAAAAAAAGAGAAAGAGGAAACUCUCUGAAUAUCCAUUUUCAAAAUUUAGAACCAGUUGAAUUAUAAUAUUCAGACAGUCUAUGGUGAGAGAGAGAGAGAGAUGGGGCUUUUAAAAAUCCUUGUUGAGCAAGGAACUUCAAUUCUUGGUGUUUGCUACUAAAUGCAAUCAACUAUAUAAACAACAGAAGAAUGAACAGCCAACAGCAACAGAAAAAGAAGAAAUAGAGGAUACCAGCAACAAAGUGGAAAACACAAGCUAAUCAGAUCUUGGAAAAAACUCUUCUUCAGAACCCCUUUAUUCAUUUUCUGUUUUGGGCAAGGUUCAAAUUUUUGAUAGGAGAUAGUGAGAGAUAUAAAUAGGUUUUGCAGUGGGGAAAAAUGGCCGACGAGAGCGGCUUAAAUGGCAAUAUAAACCACUAUGCGGAGGCGACUGCAUCGACGAGUCGGACGCCGGUAGAAGAUGCCGAGAGGAAGAGUGAGCAAAGUGAAGAGAAGAAGGGUGAAGAAGAGAUUAUUAAUACUGUUCCAUUUUACAAGCUGUUUGCAUUUGCCGAUUCCAAAGAUGUCGUUCUCAUAGUUGUUGGGACGAUUGCUGCUAUUGUUAAUGGAGUAGCAAUGCCCCUCAUGACUGUUCUCCUUGGUGAUUUGAUUGAUUCAUUUGGACAAUCAGACAACAAAAAUACAGUUCGUGUAGUUUCCAAGGUAGCACUGAAUUUUGUCUACUUGGGUAUAGGAUCUGGAGUGGCAUCAUUCUUCCAGGUUGCUUGUUGGAUGGUUACAGGGGAGAGGCAGGCUUCGCGAAUUAGGAGUUUAUACUUGAAAACUAUAUUGAGGCAAGAUGUUGCGUUCUUUGAUAUGGAAACAAACACGGGAGAAGUCGUUGGAAGGAUGUCUGGUGAUACUGUUCUUAUUCAAGAUGCUAUGGGUGAAAAGGUUGGCAAGUUUAUACAGCUAAUUGCAACAUUCAUAGGAGGCUUUGUGAUUGCUUUCCUCAAGGGAUGGCUUCUGACCCUUGUGAUGUUAACCUCUAUUCCACCUAUGGUCGCCUCGGGUGCAGCUAUAUCGAUCAUUGUAACCAAAAUGGCAUCUCGAGGACAAGCUGCUUACUCAGUAGCAGGGAAUAUCGUUGAACAAACAAUCGGCUCAAUCAGAACGGUUGCAUCAUUUACUGGGGAGAAACAGGCAGUCUCCAAUUAUAACAAAUCUAUAACAAAAGCUUACAAAUCUGGUGUUCACGAAGGAUUGGCUACAGGGUUAGGCCUUGGUGCAGUUAUGUUUGUCAUAUUCGCCAGCUAUGGUUUGGCUGUAUGGUAUGGUGGAAAAUUGAUUGUCGAGAAAGGCUACACUGGGGGAGAUGUCAUCAAUGUUAUUGUUGCUGUUUUGACUGGUUCCAUGUCUCUAGGUCAAGCAUCUCCAUGCUUUGGUGCGUUUGCCGCAGGACAAGCUGCAGCGUAUAAAAUGUUUGAGACAAUUAAUAGGAAGCCAGAUAUAGAUUCUUAUGACCCCAACGGACGCAAAUUGGAUGAUAUUCGUGGAGAUAUCGAGUUGAGAGAUGUUCAUUUCAGUUAUCCUGCCAGAGCAGACGAGCAAAUAUUCAGCGGGUUUUCACUCUCUAUAGCGAGUGGGACAACUGCAGCUUUAGUUGGACAGAGUGGAAGCGGGAAGUCGACAGUGAUCAGUCUCAUAGAGAGAUUUUAUGACCCACAAUCUGGUGAAGUUCUCAUAGAUGGUAUAAAUCUCAAGGAGCUUCAGCUGAAAUGGAUAAGAGGGAAAAUUGGUCUUGUCAGCCAGGAACCAGUGUUGUUUGCAUCUUCUAUUAAAGAAAAUAUCGCCUAUGGGAAAGAGGGUGCAACUAUUGAAGAAAUCAGAGCUGCAGCGGAGCUAGCAAAUGCUGCUAAAUUCAUAGAUAAACUACCCCAGGGUCUAGAUACCUUAGUUGGUGAACACGGAACUCAGAUGUCAGGGGGACAGAAGCAGAGAGUGGCAAUAGCUAGAGCUAUAUUGAAAGACCCGCGGAUUCUUCUUCUAGAUGAAGCUACAAGUGCACUUGAUGCUGAGUCUGAGCAUGUCGUGCAAGAAGCACUGGAUAGAGUCAUGGUCAACCGUACUACUGUCAUUGUUGCUCAUCGCCUAAGCACUGUUAGGAAUGCCGAUAUGAUAGCCGUUAUUCAUAGAGGGAAAAUUGUUGAAAAAGGUUCACACACGGAACUCUUAAAGAAUGAUGAUGGACCGUACUGCCAGCUUAUACACCUACAAGAAAUAAGCAAAGCAUCGGAUCACCAAAAUGGUUCAGAAAAACCAGAAUUUUCAAUGGAGUCUGGCAGGCAAUCAAGCCAACGUCUCUCCCUUCUACGCUCAAUAAGUCGUGGAUCUUCUGGAGUUGGAAACAGCAGUCGGCACUCAUUUCAAGUUGCAUUUGGUGUACCCACGGGACUAAAUGUACAUGAAACUGUACCAACAGAUGAUCCUUCUCUUUCAACCCCUGCUCCUGAAGAAGCACCAGAAGUUCCAUUACGUCGCCUGGCGGCUAUCAACAAGCCCGAGAUCCCCGUGCUACUACUUGGAAUUAUCGCUGCAGGGGUCAACGGAGUCAUAUUCCCAAUGUUUGGCAUACUCUUUUCGGGAAUGAUUAAAACAUUCUUCGAGCCCCCUGCGGAGCUUAAGAAGGAUGCUAGGUUCUGGGCUUUGAUAUUUGUUCUCCUCGCCACUGUUUCAUUUUUCGCAUCUGCAGCAAGAACAUAUUUCUUUUCUGUUGCCGGGUGUAGGUUAAUCAAAAGAGUCCGGUCAAUGUGCUUUGAAAAGGUGCUUAACAUGGAAGUAGGUUGGUUUGAUGAGUCCGGAAACUCAAGUGGUGCAAUUGGUGCAAGGCUCUCUGCAGAUGCAGCAGCUGUCCGGAGCCUGGUUGGUGAUGCACUUGCUCUGCUUGUUCAGAAUUUGGCAACAGCAAUAUCUGGUCUAAUUAUCGCCUUUACAGCAAGCUGGGAACUGGCCCUCAUAAUUCUUGUUAUGCUACCUCUAAUUGGCGUUAAUGGAUAUGUGCAAAUGAAGUUCAUGAAAGGUUUCAGCGGAGAUGCAAAGAUGAUGUACGAGGAAGCAAGUCAAGUUGCUAACGAUGCUGUCGGCAGUAUAAGAACAGUCGCUUCCUUUUGUGCUGAAGAAAAGGUGAUGGCUUUGUACAAAAAGAAAUGUGAAGGUCCAGUUUCAGCUGGGAUAAGGCUUGGAAUGAUUAGUGGGAUUGGAUUUGGUCUUUCUUUCUUCUUGUUGUUUUCCGUAUAUGCAACCAGUUUCUAUGCUGGAGCUCGAUUUGUGGAGGCUGGAAGGAUGUCAUUCGCUGACGUUUUUCAAGUUUUCUUUGCGCUCACAAUGACUGCAAUUGGGAUCUCUCAGUCGAGCUCUCUUGCACCAGAUUCAAGCAAAGCAAAAGCUUCUACUGCCUCAAUUUUUGCUCUUCUUGACCGAGAAUCAAAGAUAGAUGCAAGCGAUGAGUCUGGAUUGACAUUAGAAAGUGUGAAAGGAGACAUUGAGUUUCGGCACAUCAGUUUUAAGUACCAGACAAGACCUGAUGUUCAGAUUUUCCGAGACCUCUGUUUGACUAUUCGCGCCGGCAAGACGGUUGCUCUAGUAGGAGAAAGUGGAUGUGGGAAAUCGACUGUUGUGUCGUUGUUGCAAAGAUUUUAUGACCCCGAUUCUGGUCACAUAACAUUGGAUGGAACUGAGAUUCAGAAGCUUCAGUUGAGAUGGCUCAGGCAGCAAAUGGGUCUGGUUAGCCAAGAACCUGUGCUGUUCAAUGACACUAUCCGAGCCAACAUUGCUUACGGAAAGAAAGGAGAUGCUACUGAGGCUGAGAUUAUAGCUGCAGCAGAGUUGGCAAAUGCUCAUAAAUUCAUUAGUUCUCUGCAACAGGGAUACGACACAAUAGUAGGAGAGCGAGGAAUUCAAUUAUCAGGUGGGCAAAAACAAAGGGUGGCCAUUGCACGCGCAAUAGUAAAAGCACCAAAGAUUCUACUUCUAGACGAGGCAACCAGUGCACUGGACGCAGAAUCUGAAAGAGUUGUUCAAGACGCAUUGGACAAAGUCAUGGUACACAGGACCACAAUUGUAGUAGCCCACAGAUUAUCGACAAUUAAGAAUGCGGACGUAAUUGCAGUUGUUAAAAAUGGAGUCAUCGCAGAGAAAGGAAAGCAUGAUGAUCUGAUCAAAAUUGAAAAUGGAGUUUAUGCUUCUUUAGUAGCUCUGCACAUGAGUGCAACUUAAACCAUAUGCUUCAUCAUCCUGUAAUUUUUCUCCCAUCUUUUUCUUUCAAAUUUUUGGUGAUGUAAUUUUUCUUGUCCUUAAUAAGUUUUCCGCAAAUUUUAUACAAGGUUUAUUGGGAGUGUAGUAAUGUUUUUUCUUUUUUGGUCUUUGGACCUAUGUAACAUGUAAAGCUGAAAAAUUGUUGUAUAAAUUCCACUAUACCUACAAACAAAACGAAAUGAAGAAAAGUUCUUUUCUUUUCUUCAACAA